AUGCCGCACGAGAAAUUCAAACUCGCAAGCUACAAGCGCAUUAUUGUCUGCGCAGACGGCACGUGGCUUUCGUCCGACCAAGGCGAUAAGUCGGUACCUUCUAACGUCGCUAAGAUUACUCGAGCAAUUUCCAAGACUGGUAUUGACGCCAAUAACAAUCUCGUGAAGCAGAUAGUCUUCUACCAGCCAGGCCUUGGAACUGGAGACCUCUUAAUCCAGAAAGCCAUAUACGAUUUACUCAUGUGUGUUUCUCUCACAGGUGCUAUCGGUCAGGGUCUUGAUACUGAGGUGCUUCAACUCUAUGAUUUCAUCUCUAACAACUACGAGCCUGGUGAUGAGCUGUUCUUCUUCGGAUUCUCUCGCGGCGCAUUUACUGUGCGCUCGGCUGCCGGCAUUGUGUCUGAUGUCGGUGUCUUCUCGCCAGUAAACAUGCCGCAGUUCCCGGAGAUGUGGAGGGCGUACCGCGAGAAUAGAGGCGGAGAACCUUUCAGGAAUUCAGCGUGGUAUAGGGAUAAUAAAGAGAAGCUGGGUUUGACAGAGGUUACAAUCAAGGUUGUCGGUGUUUGGGAUACGGUUGGAGCCUUGGUAGAUCUGGAAUACGCCUUCCAAGCCCUCGCCAUCAAUGAAAAGCGAACUCCUUUCAUUCCUAGCCUCUGGCACAAGACGGACGAUGGCCCUGCCAAAGAUCUCCAACAAUGCUGGUUUCCCGGCGUCCACGGCAAUAUCGGCGGCCAAGCAGAGGACCCACGUUCCGUUGGUGACCACGAAGAAAUCGGCUAUAACUCGUUUGCGUGGAUGGUAGAUAAUCUCUCGGGUAUGCUCACCUUCGAUGCUGCUACAAUCCAGAUUAUGAUCGAGGAGCACCAGGACGCGGUAAAUAGAAUCGAAGCCAACCAGAGCAUCACCAAUGGUUGGGGCUGCGGGCCGAUCGUCUCGGACUUCGCCGGGUUGCAGGGUGCUUUCUUCCGUCUCCUCGGGAGAACAGACCGGAAGCCUGGCAGAUAUCCGCGAGACCCGAGCGACGACUCUGUUGGCGCCACAAAUGAGUUCUUCCACCCGAUGGUGCGAAUUCGCAAGCGCACGCUACAGGAUUACAAUCCCAUAGCCCUACAGGGAUAUGCGCUGCAGCAAUCCAAUGGUGGCCAGGGGUGGGAGUGGGCAGGGGCCGGCGUAGAGGCUGUGCCGGAGUAUAUACUUCGCCCGAAACCUAUGAGCCUAGCAUCUCUUGUUGGAAAUGGACAGGGUUAA